CACCACUAUGGAUUUAACGUUGUAAUGGCGGACGCAUUGUGAUUGUUUGUUGAAAGAAUUUGUACUGUAGAUGCGAAAUAACCAAAAGCAAACUUAACAUUAAGUGUAUUUAAAUUUUAAAGCGUGGUCAUUUUAUUUAGAAAUAUGUCUGACACAAGUGAUCUUGAUCGUCAAAUAGAGCAGCUCAAAAGAUGCGAGAUAAUAAUGGAGGCCGAGGUUAAAGCGCUGUGUGCCAAGGCCCGCGAAAUACUUGUCGAAGAGAGCAAUGUCCAGCGGGUAGAUUCUCCUGUUACGGUGUGUGGUGACAUUCAUGGGCAAUUUUAUGAUCUGAAAGAGUUAUUCAAAGUUGGUGGUGAUGUUCCUGAGACCAACUAUUUAUUUAUGGGUGAUUUUGUAGACCGAGGAUUUUAUUCAGUGGAAACUUUCUUACUAUUACUUGCAUUAAAGGUUCGCUACCCAGACCGCAUCACACUUAUUAGAGGUAAUCAUGAGUCAAGACAGAUAACACAGGUAUACGGCUUCUAUGACGAGUGUCUCAGGAAAUAUGGAUCUAUAACUGUAUGGAGGUAUUGCACAGAAAUCUUUGACUACCUGUCACUGUCGGCGAUCAUCGAUGGUAGGAUAUUCUGCGUGCACGGUGGCCUCAGUCCCUCGAUACAGACGCUAGACCAGAUCAGAACCAUUGACCGCAAGCAGGAGGUUCCUCACGACGGACCCAUGUGCGACCUGCUGUGGAGCGACCCUGAAGACACACAGGGCUGGGGUGUGUCGCCGCGCGGCGCCGGCUACCUGUUCGGGUCGGACGUGGUGGCGCAGUUCAACGUGUCCAACGACAUCGACAUGAUCUGCCGCGCUCACCAGCUCGUCAUGGAAGGCUACAAGUGGCAUUUCAAUGAGACUGUCCUCACUGUGUGGUCUGCGCCUAACUACUGUUACAGAUGCGGCAACGUCGCCGCUAUACUAGAGCUCAAUGAGAACCUUCAGCGAGAGUUUACAAUAUUCGAGGCUGCGCCGCAGGAGUCGCGGGGUGUGCCCUCCAAGAAACCACAAGCCGAUUACUUCUUAUAAUGUUGCAUACAAUAGACAAUUGACACAUGAACGAGCGACCCAUCUAGUAUUAUGUACUGUUUUACUGUAGUGACAAAACAUUUCAAUGUGGAAAUAAUUUAAUUGUGAUCUUAAGACUGGUGUUGAAUUGUAAGUUGAAUGUGUUUAUUUUAAGUAAUUGAAUGUGUUUAAUUCAUUUGCUGUUUCUUCGUACGCCCUGUGAGUUACUGGCGUCGAGUCACCCACACAGACGGGUAUGGAUCCUUGGGUGUAACAAACCACCCCUCACCAUACCUCGUUAUGUACCAAAAAGGUGCGAAGACGCAAAAUGGCGUUCUGAAGAUAAUUUGGACUUUAAAUCAAUGGUUUAGUACAAACUUUCAAGUUCUACAACUGAAUAUUAGUUAAGUUCAAUCCUUUUCUCAGACAAAUAAUUUAUAUCGUAUUCUUUGACCUAGCGUUAUUUAAUCCAAUUGUUAUUGAAUGUUUAAAACAAUAUUUUGAUUAACAGGCAUUUCUAUUGAUUUUGUAAGUCCCAUUCAAAGUUAGAUGGCAUUUUACCAAUUUUUAACUAUGCCAUUGAUUAAGUUAAUACAUACUUUAAUUUUAUAAUUAGAAGGAGAACAGUUGAUGAAGCAGUAUAAUUAAUAAUGAUACAUGUAGUACACGUCAAUGUGUGUCGAACAAUGUGUAGGAUAAGAUGAGUGUUGAGUUUUCGAAGCAUGUCCACUGCCCAGGAGCCACGCGUGCGAUGCGUGCGGUGCAUGCGACUGAUAAGAUCGUAUCGAUAUCGGUCUAAUGACCCCUCGCUGUGUCGUCAGAUAGUAACAUGUGUAGUAUCUUAAAAUAAUUCAAGUAACUAAGAAUAAAGUAACAAGUCGGCCUUUAGUGCUUACUGCCGUGUAUGUUCAUAUGUGAUGUCAUUCAACACUGCCGUUAUUAAUACUAUGUAAAAUUAAGGAGAUUAUAAUAAUGUAUGCAAGAGUUAACACGUUUUCGAAAUGUAGAAAUAUUGUUAAUGAUCUUUACAAAUGAAUAUAGAAAUCUAGUGCAAAUUGCAAGUUUUUUAUGAUAGUCUCAAACACAUUAUAUAAAAAUAGUUUUGGGUACAUGGCAUAAGUAAAUAGUAUAUUGUACACUGACAUUUUUGAUAGUUCCUUUAUUUUCGUAGAUCUCCCUAAAAUUCAAGUUCCCUCUUGAUAAUACUACACAUUGUAACAACCUACUUAUUAGCAUUUAGGUGCAAAGACAAAAGAAUAGAAAUGUAUUCGAUGCUUAAUAUUCUAUACACAUGAUUUUUAAUUAUUAAAAAGGGGAGAAUUAAUUAAAAAUAUUUUUAGUUUCAUUGAGCACCUGGCAUUGUGAAUAAGAAAUUGUGAUGGUAAGGAGUUUCACAACAAUUUUGGUAUGACAGUGAUGUGAUCUCUAUUUAAUUAUUAUUGCUAAGCUGGUUACUGUGAACCAUAUUAUGUUAUUGAUCAAAUCUACUAAAAUAAGUGUAAUCCUAUGUGAAAACCCCAGUUCAACAUUAUUGUCUUAAUGUGAUAAACCAACUCUCUAAAAAUGUACUUCAGAUAUGGUCAAUAACCUAUGUGGUGAAUAACUAAAACGUGUCUCGAAAUCAGAUUUACUUAGAAAGAAGGAAGGCUUAGUAUGGCUAGCAAUAUUUUUUAUUACCUCUACGAUAUUCUUGUGGAAGUAAUAAAAAUUGGCCAUGGCUUCUCGACCAUGCUGUCGUAUGUAUGGUCAUACUUAGUCUUAUUCCGACACUUAGUGGCUAUGGCCAAAUACCUCCUCUUACAAAGAGUUAGGAACCAAUGUACCAAUAAAUUAACUUUUCAAUAUGUUUACCUCAAAUUAUACUCAACCCAUUGUUUCAGAAAAUAAUAAAUUCGCUAUAAUGUUAA